CUAAGGAAGUGGCCGAGGAAGAUAGUGGACGAGGUCUCUUUACGCGCAAUUUACUCAAGAAACUUGGAGAGGUUGGGGACAGCCAGACCACAUACUCGGAGCUCAUUCGACAAAUCUCCCUUCCACGGCAAGUUCUGAUUCUGUUGAAAUACCUGACCGCAAUCUCAUACCAUUUUAGGCAAAAUGCGCAGUGCGAAGGCCGUAAUCAAAACCGCAUCUGCUUCAGCUCUGACGUUCUUAGUCGAUUUGUUAGCUAUCCAUUCAAGAAAUCCAACGAAGAUUAUGUAAUAGAGGCAGGAGAAGCAAACGGCGUUACGACUGGAGCCAUUUUUGCCGUAUAUAAGGAGAGAGGCUCAAUGCUAUCUUCCGACCCUAUAGCGCUGUUUGAAGCUUUGAGGCCGGACAAAUUUUCGACCAAGAUGAAUCCUGUCUCGAAGCUCAGAGGAGAUAUCAAUGAAGGAGCCGUCGCUGUCCAGAUCAAGGGUGGAGUAGAGGAAGGUCUUCGCAUUCAUUGCGCACAAGAUAAGACCCUCAAAAAACUCGCAAAGACCGUCAGUCAGAAAGCAGCAGAUGACAAGAAGAAAGCAUACAACUUUGAAAUCGUGGACACUCGGGAGGGCGCGAGUCUUGGAAUUUCACUAGAAUCAAAGGAAGUGGCAUUCCAUAUAUUGGAUGAGGCGGUAACGAAGUAUGGAAUCAAGCGAAUGCCUUUCAGAGUUCCAUCCACUGUGGAUGACCUUUACCGAGUUUUGGUAGCAGCGGCCCAUUAUUAUUGGCACUACUCUCGUGAACCCGCCAAGUCUCCGAAAGCACCGAGUCCUCCGGUUGCAGUCGAAUUUUUGGAGCUGAAGCCAGUACCCGGAGGUGAAAGGAUUUUGGAGCCAUGUUCCUCAAACCUGGUCAAGAAUCAGACCAUAGACAUCACCGGAGAUGAAGACAAAUUCUAUGGCAUCAAGAUCACGAAUAUGAAAGACUUCCCAAUAUAUGUCUCUGUCUUCUACUUCGAUCAUAGCUCCUUAGAGAUUCUGUCUUAUUAUCAACCACCGACUGGACAUGGCAAAGUUGACCCUUCUAUUGAACCGAAAGGGAGCCUCUCGAUAGGGUAUGGAUCAAGUGGUGCCGAGCCGUAUGGUUAUGUAGUCUCAGGAGAUGCGGAUAUAGAAGUCGGCUUCCUGAAGGAGACCAGGCAACACUCGUGGGGCCGUCCAAAGAAGGGCAGACAACCCACAGUCUUUCUGGUAUACGGAGAAGAUUCCCAUCAUAAUACGCGCAGAGGAAUGAUGGAACAG